AUGCAGGAUCCUGUGGGUAUCCUGGCAGAUCCCAAUCAAGCCCAGGGUACAGGGAUGGACCCGCCGCCUAUUCUCAAUUUCCAUUGGUGCUGCACCAAGCCUGACCUUUCCGGAGGAGGCGGUAUCAGCAUCGGACCUCGUAAUGGUGAGGUGGACCGGGUACGAGCCGUGCCUCUACCUCGUGGCCAAGGUUGGGAGGACCUAGAGUACACUGUUAGUGAAUGGAGCAAGACAUUCCCCAAGUAUGCGUACGGAGAUCCGAGCAAGCCAGACUAUUCGCUUGAAACGGGUCACCUGGCGAUGAUGAAGUGGCUGCUAGGUCCUCCCAACCGAGAAGUUUCACCGUGCCCGCGUAACUUGUGCCAAGGAUGUUACGAUUCACCACAGUGGAAGGUGCACUGCAAGAGCUGCUCCAAGCCUCUCUGCAUUGAACAUGACCUCCGGGGGCUUCGUUUAAGAAUCUGUGGCUACCGAGACCUCGAGACGGAAAAGCAAACUAUUCAAAAUCGAUUCGCUGCAAAUCUUUCGGGGUCCCUCAUGUCUAGCCAACUUCCCGAGUACGACUCACUAUUCAGAAGCCAACAGCCUAUUAACUCGACAAACAAAAGCUUCAUUGAUGAUUCACGUCAAGAUAGCAUGGACGAGGAAAAUACACCCGAAUCACAUGUUGGUGAUCAGUCGGCUGCUGUUUCUAUCUUCUCCAACCAACCAUCCCGCUCAUUUUCGGCCCCUAUGUCUGACCAUUCUUCCUCUCCCUCGUCCUCAUCCUCUACCUUCUUUGAUUCGCCGACAAUCGAAUCCCCAAGAUGGCAAGGCUGCCAAUCCUUCUUCUGUCCCCCUGCUGAUCCCAUCACCGGAAUCAGGGAUCCACGCCCCAGAUGCCCCAGCUAUCUGCGAGAAUGCAAAGCCUGCAAGGUGUAUGUCUGCGCGGAUUGCAUAUAUACCAACCCACCCUGCAAGUGUUCGUAUUGUGAGGAAAACUACUUGUGUCCCAAUUGCAUGACGGACCAACCUCGCGACAGCCUGUGCCGCCGUCGCCAGGAAGAAAAAGCUCAGCGUGACCGCAAAUGGAAAAGGGAAAUGCAGUUGCUCGAAGCCAUCCUGGAGCUCAAAGUGGCCAAUGAGCUGGCCGAGUUUGCAGGUGAGUUCUUUGACCUCGUCGAGCGGCGCAACAGUCUGCCUUCGGGGAUUACGGUCCCCUUUGAUGACGGAAUCGCCGAUCUUUUUGAAAGUGACAUUGCAGCGGCGGAAACAUCCGCCGAACACUUCGAGCCCGAUGACCUUGAGUGGUUUCUCCAGGACUCUCAUUAA